UGCUUCACUGCAUUACACUAAUGCACUACAGUUUAGGUGUGUGUUAUGUGUUUACAUCUACUAUAUAACACCACACGUGUGUGUGUGUGACGGCUGCGACUGAUAACGAGAUGACUACCAUCGAUGAUGAUGUUGUUGUUGGUAUUGUUGGUGAUAAUACCAGUAGUAGUUUUGUAGAUAAAUUGAUCGAUAAGAUGGUCGACAAGAUUGCCAAUAGAAACGAUGUCUACUUCAAGAGUCAGCAAAUAGGCGAAAGUGAUCUAACUGUGGAUGAAAAACGUCAUAUCGUCGACAAGUUGUUCAACGAUAAUAAACAAGUGUUUCUUCAACGAUAUGGCAAUUGUCUGACCAAAGAUGAGCUCAACUGUUUCGACCGAUUUGACGACAAUAGCGACGACCACAGAGUGAUUGAAAGUUUAUUGAAAAUGUUGAGACAAAAGUUGAAUAAAAGACAGACAACUGUAAAGAACCGGAGGUUUCAAAUGGUAGACAAACUGAUGACAAGCGGACAUUAUUUCAGUGAUAGCGAAAUGGAGUCGAGACAACCGGAACUGUUUGAACAAAUGAUUGGUCAAUAUAUGACUGACGAGGAAAAGUCGAAACUAACGAUUGAAAGAUACGCACAAAAUGAAGAACCAAUAACAUUGUCUUCGUUUCUGAUGAAACAUUUGGUUCAAACAAGUUGUCAAACAAGUGUUAAUAAUAAUAAUAAUAUUGAAGAAUUUGAUUCCGAUAGCGAUGAUAAUGAUGAAGAAAAUGAUGACAACGGAGGUAGUAGUGGUGAUUAUGAUGAUAAUGAAGAAGAUAACAAUGAAAGCAAUGAUAACCAAAGAAGUCAACCCGAAAAUGAUAUAUCAGAAGAACGAAAACUUGAAUUGAGAGAAGAGUUUAUGAAAAUAAUGUCCGAAAAUUUUAUCGACGGUAAAGAUAAACAGUAUUACGAUUACAAUGAAUGCGAUGAAAAUUCUGAAUUAGAUUACAACCAAAUGGCUGAUAGAGAUAAUGAAGAUAAAUAUUUUGAUGAUGAAGACGAUGACUGACUAACUAGAACUUUUGGAACUUUGGAAAACAGUUGAUCCCUAUUUUGACAUAGGGUUCACAUAGAGGUCAUAAUCCAACAAUAAAUAAUCGGAAAUACCGUUAAUUGACUGGAUAUCCAAAAUAAUGUAUUUGACUAACGAUUUAUUAUAUUAUAUCUCCUAAGUGUUUAAAAAUAAUACAUUAGACUUAAGCUAAGUGUUCGAAUUGUUGACCAGUGGUUAUUCACGCGCGUUUAUCAACCAAUCAAAAUAGAGUUCUAAUUUUCAUUGUUAUUGAUAUAAUGUACAGUGUGUACAAAAAAUAAUG